AUGGACUAUGAAGAGGACGAUGAUAUCUCCUUUGCAAGAUGGAUGAGCAGUUUCUGGGGACACAAUGUGACAGACGAAAAAGAACAAGAGAGUAGAGCACAGAGGAAACAGCAGGAAAGGAGAGCUUCCCUUCCGGCGAAGCUUUCUGCUAUCCACAUGACAAAAUUUCAUGGUUCUACCAAGAUUCCAUCUUCAGGCCACCUGAAGGGUGGGAAAGAAUUGCGAAAAGACCAAGAUACAAAUUGUCAUUGUCAUAUGAAAGCUCGGAAAAAAUCCUCAAGUGGUAGUUCUGCCCAGCCGGCAAGUGGACCAAACAGUAGAUCAAACUCCAUCCAAGAGUUUUCAGAAUCUUUUGAAAGGCAACUGCAUUUCAAAAACAAACGCUCUGUUUCCUUGGAACCUGAAGGGAUGAAAGAGAGGAGAGAAAGAGAAAAACUGCGUAUUCCCAAAAGCAGAUCUCAUAAGAAAACGGCAGAAAGGGAGGAACCAAAGAUGGAGGAAGAGGCAGGAAAACUUUCUGUGGAUCUCCCAGCUGGGAAGCAUAAUUAAUAAUUCCCAUAAUAUAUAGACAUAAAAGUGUCAUAGACUGGGUUUUUUAAAACAAAUUUAAAAAAACCUCAGAGU